CUUUUUAACUUCCCAUGAGAUUGUGAUAAGGAUGCCAAGAACUUCCUCUAUCAUUUCGAAAUGAAGUUGGCAUACAUACUCUUGGGACGCCCAAAGUAGAUCCGGUGAUUACUCCUGGCCCCAUUUCUACCCUGCUCCCUUCGGGAUGAAAGGUAAGCGCUUCCAUCAGCUCCUACAAAUUCUUCAAUUACAAGACCAAGACUGCAGAUCCUUCAGGGAUUAUGGUGGCAAGCAAGGUUUGGAAAGGGACAUCAUGAGGCGAUUACGUCCAUAAGGAUAUCCCGCGUCAAGGUCGAGCGUUGCAGGUCCAGUACAUUAUGGCGAGAAGAUAUUACUGAAACCUCGAAUGCCUCCCUCCUGAAGUGAUGCCAAUGGAGGCGGGUCUCACUGUGGAUGGAAAAACUGUUGCCCGAAUAAUCGCGAAGAACUUGGAGAACUUGAAGUACAUCGACCACGAUGCAGUGAUUGCAUGUUUGUUGGAGAAGCAAGUGAUCGAUCAUACUGACCAUGUCGAUAUUAGCGAGAAAUCUCAGAAGGAGAAAGUUCUAUUCCUCCAGAAAAUCCUCCCUUUGAAAGGAGACUCGGCAUUCCAGAAAUUCUUGGAGUGCCUCGAGGCAAGUGACCAUAAGAAACUCGCAGAAACAAUGCGACAAGCUCCCCGCUGCCGGCUCACCUUUCUGCCCGACGAGACGUGGGUGAAUGGUGUCUAUGUCCGGCGGGCCUUCUAUCAUAGUAGCAAAGCCACUCUGCCACACCCGCCAUGA